CUCUGGGUUCAGAUAAAUGGAACAGAGUGUGAGGAGAUGAAUGUGAAAUGUAGAGAUGGGGUUUCAUCGGAAGAGGGCCAGGUGAACGUUCCUAAGAAGAGCUGUACUGACUGCGGGACUACGAAAACCCCCUUGUGGAGAGGCGGUCCAGCUGGGCCUAAGUCACUCUGUAAUGCUUGCGGGAUCAGAAACAGAAAGAAAAGGAGGGCUCUCCUCGGCUUGAACAAAGGAGGAGGAGGACAAGGGAAGGAGAAAAAAGAGAAAGGAAAUAAUAUCCCAAACGAGAAGAAGAAGAAGAAGAAGCUAGGCGUAUCUCUAAAGCUGAGAUUGGUAGAAUUAGGGAGGGAAGUCCUCCUAGAAAGAUCCAUGGAAAAGGAGAGAAAGUUGGGAGAGGAAGAACAGGCGGCCGUGCUUCUGAUGGCUCUAUCUUGCGGCACUGUCUAUGCCUAAACAGUCCUUUAGAUUUUUCCCCUUUUUUUCUUGUUCUCUUUUAGGGGGGU